AUGAAGUAAUCCUUCUAAAUCAAAUCUGAAAUGUAUUUAAUUAGUAUUAUUGAUCAAGUCAGCAUUGUUUUAAGAUUGUAUUCUUGGGUUAAAGUUCAGUUGGCAAGACUUCGCUCAUAAAGCAAUUUUUGAAAAAUGAAUUCGCAAUGAAAUCGAUGAGUACAGUAGGAGUGACAUGUGUAAAAUAUAAGUGCUAAUAGUACAAGGAAUCUAAGAUAGUUAUAGUAAACAAUCAAUAAGUGAAGGUGCAACUGUGGGAUACUGCAGGAUAGGAGAGAUUCAGAUCAAUCACUAAAAAUUAUUAUCGAGGUUGUGAUGCAGUUGUGAUAGUCUAUGAUGUUACAAACAUGAAGAGUUUCGAUCAAGUGAGUAGUUGGAUUGCAGAUUUCGAUGAGUACGCUAUCACAUCUAUAAAAAGCAAAUGCGAAAGACCAGCAAUCAAAAUGUUGAUGGGUAAUAAAAUAGAUAUGUAAACCAGAGAUGUCAGUACUGAAUUAGGAAUGGCAUACUCAAAAAGGAAGAAAAUCCUAUUCUAAGAAGUCUCUGCAAAAGAAAAUAUUAAUGUCGAAUGUGCCAUGUUGAAAUUAAUUGAAAUCUUAGUUUCACAUACUAAAAUAGAAUCGGGAGACAAGAAUCAGCGUAGAGGAUCUAUGGUUGAAACCAAGUAGACUGUACUUGAAGAUCCUUUCAUUAAUAAGUCAGCCAGAUUCUGCAAGGAUGUGUCAAUAUCUGAUCACUCAAAAUUAUAAGCAAUUAAAUCAGCAGGUGAUAGUUCACAAGAGGAUAUUCAAAUUAACAACACAUCUAAUCAUUAAUUAACAUCCCCUUAAGAUAAUCCUACUCAUACCAACCAAUAGCCUGCGACUUCUCUUAAACUCAUUCAUCCAAGAUCAUCAGGUAUUAUAAGGGAUGAGUAUUUUAGAAAGCAUUCAUCUAAUCAAAGUUGUAUGUGUUCUUGUUGAAUAUUAUUUAUCUCUGUUAAUUAUUUACCAAAAAGAUUUAAAAAUUUAUUUUAAAUAUAAUGCCAAAGGGAUAGACCACUACAACCUAAAAAGCUUAAAAGGCAGCAAAAAAUGCCAGAGUUACCAAAAAAGUUGUUAGAGCCAGAAAACAUUUCUAAAAUAGAUUCCACACUGCCAAACCAUUAGCAUUAACUAGAAAACCUAAAUUCACCAGAUUAACAAGAUAAUUAAAACCAAUCACCAAAGGUUUAGAUUUCUAAAAUGUCCUUAAACAUCCACUCAUUACAGAAAAAGAUAUGAAGAAAAUGGAAGAUGAAAACACCAUGGUCUUCUAUGUUAAUUAAAAAUCAACCAAGCCAUAAAUAAAAAGAGCAUUCUCUAAAAUUUAUGAGGUCAAAGUCAGAAAAGUCAAUGUAUUCAAUCUCUGCUUAUCAUUAGAUCUUAAAUACAUUCGGUGGAAAGAAGAAGGCAUACAUUAGAUUGGGUGGAGAAAAUGAUGCACUUAAUUUGGCCAACAAAAUCGGUAUCAUCUGAGUGACAAUUAUAUUACACAGUAAAAUAUAUUCAAAUUUAU